AAGAAACCAGUGUUAAUUUGAGCAUUAAUCUUCUUAAUGUAAUAAUAUUUGCCAAACACUAAACUAGACUGGCCUAAAAAAUGAGGGUAAAUUAUCCCUUCAGCAAAUAGAAAUAGUUAAUGGUAUUAACCUAAUCACUUUUGCUUAACAUUGGAAUCAAUACCGAAUUCUUGAUCAGUUUAAUGUACGGUAGAAUUGAAUUAAGUUGUUAUCUCCGCCCGUAUCGAUAAUAAAACCGUGUCAUAAUUUGAAAUCGCGAGACGUAUCUCAAUUUCACAAUGUUAGAUACCUCGGAUUUCAGGGUGUACAUUUAUUAAUUUGUUUCCGAUUUACAUUUCUUAUCGACCUGAAGAAAUUAGUGUAUUCCGAAAGUUUUCAUUUCUAAAUUUAAUUAAUGUGCUCUGGCUAUAAUUUAAUGGAUACGUGCGACACCGUUAGAAGUCUUCUUUGAGGAUUUAUAAAGGAUUGUCUCUUUUUAUUUUCACUCUAGACGUCAGUGUUGAUAAAUAAAUUAAUAAUGAGUAAUGUUUAUUUAGCAGAUUACUUUCUUCAUUGACUUUCGCAAGAUUUGGUUGGACACAAUUCUUCUGGCUAAACAUGAUAUUUUCGUGAAUUUUAAACAUUGUAAAAUAAUUAGAUUCAUUUGGUGUACAGUAUAAGAAAGGAUCGUCUCAUAUUUAUUCUGCAAGAUGGUUUUUCGCGAAGAAACAAUGGUACAGGUGCGUUCAUUUGUGGACAAACUUGAAAAUGAACCACGGCGCCACUCGGAGGUUCUUGAAUCUGAAAUAUUUCGGGACGCUGCUCACUCUGUUCAGGAUAUCCCAACUCAACCACCCGUUAAAGUUUCUCGACAAACCAAGUCUUGUCUGGCAAGUGGACUGUUUCAUAAUGUAUAUAAAGGAAGAAUGCGGAAAGUGAAAUUCCUGUUAGACAAUGGUUUGAAUAUAAACGCCAAGAAUGACUACGGAUUUAGUGUACUUAUUGCUGCCUUGCACAUAGAAAAUGUAGCAAAACGCAGUAGAAUGUUUCAGUUUUUGUUAGAAAAUGAAGCUGAUCCAUUGCAAAAGGACCCGAAGCACAAAAGAAAUGCAUUAGCAUGGGCGUGUGUAUUAGGUAGAGACGAACAGGCAAAUAUCCUUUUAGAUAAUUUUAUGGGAGAAUUCGACUUUCAUGAAAAAGACAGAGAGGGAAUGACAGCCCUUCAUCUUGCCACACAAGCCGGACGUACAGAAAUAGUGAAGACUUUAGUUAGAGAAAUGACAAAGUACGGGACAUCCGUUGAUGUCCCUGAUAAUAUUGGCUUAACACCAUAUUUACACGCUAAGAGGCUAGGGUUUGGCCUCAUUGCGGAUAUCCUUAAAGUUGAAGGAGGUGCAUGCGAAGGUCAGGGGGAUAUAUACUCCUUUAAGAAAGCUGACGAGUGGAGAAAAAUUGGAAUAAAGGAAAGGAAUGAGGAAGUACGCAUGCGUCGAAACACGCUGUACGAGCAUGCUGCCAUUGCUGGCAGUGCCCGAAUGUUAAUGGAAUUUGAGGGACCUGGCUAUGAAAUAAUCACAAUGCCUACACCUAAAGUUCGGAAAAGACCAAGUCAAAGGUCAAAGUCAACAGGUGACUUUGAAACAAUCGAUACCGAAUCAUCAAAAGCUGUAAGAAUAAUGUCACCAAAAUCUCAAGUAUAUACACCUGUUGGCAAACACGAUAAAUCCCCGAGAAUGCAAAGCAGAAUGUACAUGGACAGUCCAGAUGGUUCACCAAGGUUGGAUACAAUGUCUCUUAUACAAAUGCGAGAACCAAGAAAAGGUAUGGCGCCAAAACAGUUUCAUUCAUCUCAGGUAGAUACAAACAAAGCGAAUGAAUACAAACAUAUAUUGGGUGAUUUAACCACUAUGAUGGACUAUUUGUCAAUGCAGCAAUCGAGAUCAUUCCGACGUUCAGUACCACCCAUGAAAAUAAACCGAGAAGAGUCCACUACGGGCCCGAAACGAAGUACACUUGCUAUUCUCUUUGGUAAAAAUAAACGAGGCAGAAAAUCUCCAAAAUGUUCAGGGAAAAAAGAUAAGCAUGGCCCAGGCAGCGGAGGGAAAGAUAAAAGACAUGGGAAAGCUAAAUAAGAAUCUAUAAAUAAAUUGAUUCAUAUAAAUUAUGACAAAUACCAUACUCUUGACAAUUGGGAAGAGGGAGAUUAAUUAAGUCAUAUAUAGAGAAACACUACAAAAGAUCGAUAUAGUACGUUUUAAGGACGUGAAGUUAUGAAUAUUUAGACAUAUAAAGACGUCAACGACUUGUCUUAAAUAUAUGCACAAGGUAUUUUAUACGAAAGUCCUUAUAAUUUAUUAUUAACAAUUCAAUCAUUUUUAUCGUAAGUCUACUUUAUUUUCUCAAUAAGAACGACAGCUACCACAUUUAACGAUCAAAAAUUAAUCUUUUUCUUGAACGGUUUUCAAAUUGAAAUUAUCUAAAGAUUAAAUAAAUAAAACAUGGGGUUAAACUCCAGUUAAGCCAGUUUUAAAGCGGAUUUAUCAAGUUUCUGUUUGGAUUCGUUUCUCCCAUGUCCAUAUAUGAACACCGACCGUGUAAUUAAAUCUUUAAAGUGGCUAUUUGAUGCCUAUAAAGUAUAAACAUACUUUUUCCCUCAAGAAGUGGCGGCAACAAGGAGCUUCUUCAAAAUACGUGUGACUGAACUUUUACUGUUCGAGUAAAAUAAUCCUCUAGACAUGUUUACGUUAUAGUCAAUAUGUACUUACACUUUAAAGCUUGGUAAAUAUUGAAUCUACUGUAUUUCCCAUAAGGUCGGGCGUAUAUGGAAACUGUAUUAAUUUUUAUUAUCAUUGCUACUAUUGAAACAAUAAGUAAUGUUGUAUAGUAUAUAUUGUAAUUUAUUGUAAAGUUUUCAUGAAUAUUUAUAUCAUACAUUGUAUAUAUGCAACAAAUAAAAAUAU